AUGUCUCUUCGUGGUCACCACCAGCAACAGGUCAACCAAACAAUCAUCAAUGGCUCCGAGGGAGAAAAACAGGACCACCAGUCAUCCUCGAGUGGUGGAGAUGAUGCAAAACCAUCCCUUCAUUCAACUAAACCAACUCGGCUGGCAUUUGACAUAUUAAAUGAUGCACUACGAACGGAUGAAGAAGGGACCGAAGGUUCUCAAACUGCUGAACAAAAAGUAGGCCCUAGAAAUAUAAAAUUAAAUAUUACAUCUCUAAGUGGGGGCAGUAGUCAAUCAUGGUUUUCGGGAUCUGACUCGGCAUCUUCAUCAUCCAUUGAUUCAUACAGCAAACGAUUACUUCAAAUUAAAUCACCUCGUUAUGGGGCUGAUUUUAAAAUUACGGAAGAGGGGAUUAAAAUCAAAGGAAUGAGUGUGUUGGAACAUAGAACUUUUUACCAGUCACAACAAAAGCAAAACUCGUCGAAUGACCAACAUGUCUCAUCAUCCUCACAUAAUAAUUUUCCUCUCAACUUUAAAAUAACUUCCGUGGAUGACUUUCAUAAAUAUCCAAUGAAAGAACUUGGAAAUGGAUCUUUUGGAGUAGUAUUUAGAGUUGCUAUUUCUAAUCCACAAACAAAUGAAAAACUCUAUUUUGCUGAAAAACGUGUGACAGACACGUCACAAAAACAGCUAGAUUUGAUUUUUAAAGAAGUGAAAACAAUUUUUGAAUGCGACUCUCCAUAUCUCAUUAAGUUGCAUGAAUGUUAUUAUAAAGAGUGUACAUAUUAUAGUAAGAUUUUGGAUUUCAUGUCUCUAGGAUCACUUCAAAAAUUAUAUACACGUUACAAAAAUUAUCUGGACACUGUUGAAAAGAAGCCAUACUCAAUUCCUGAGGCUGUAAUCAGCGUGAUUAUUAGCAAGACACUCAAGGGUCUGCUUUAUCUACAUGUAAAAAAGCAUAUUUUACACAGAGAUUUAAAACCUGCAAACAUUUUAUUGGAUGACAAGGGUUAUGUGAAAAUAUCAGACUUUGGAUUGGUAGGAAUUAAGGAACAAGAAAUGGGAAUGAGUAACUCAAAGAAAGAUUCCUCUCACGAACACUCUCUCACCAUAUGGCAAACAUUUACUGGAAGUGUCACGUACAUGAGCCCAGAGCGAUUGAACAAUGAAGCAUAUAGCUAUAACAGCGAUAUUUGGUCUAUUGGUAUUAUCACUGUUGAGCUCUUUCUUGGCGAAUAUCCUUUACCCAACGCAAAUAUAUUUACUCUUGGUUCCAUGACUCGAGAAGAAAUUUGUGAACAAUGUUUGAGUAAGCUUCAGGCGAAUCAUGCCAGUCUUGAACUUUGUUCAUUUGUGGAAACUUGUCUACUCAAGUACAAAGACCUCGGAGAACGACCUGACAUCAAUGGUACCAUUCUCAAACAUCCUUUCAUCAAGACUCAUGAAUCAUUCUCUCUUCGUUCAUGGAUUAAAUCCGAGUAUAUUGCCAAAUGUUACACGAAAAGAGAAUCUUCAACAACACCAUCUCGAAAGAAUUAA